AGACUGGCCCACAUCGCGCCAAUUCAAAACCUUAAUUGGCUGCUUCAUGGGUGACCCUUUUACCAAAAAGAAGAAGGGGCAAGGAGCGCCAGAUGAAACUGGCCAGAGCAGAAUGGCGCCAGGAGAGCCCACCAUAGCUAGGUACCUACCUAGGUAGGUAGGUCUCCGGACCAUUUGCAAUAGCUGGUAACCUUAGGGUUUGUGAUGAUUGGGAUGCUUUUCUCUCGCCCCUUGACACCCUCCGAACCCGCAUCCGAAAAAGGUGAGGCCAGUCUCGAUACUGUUUGAGUUGCCCAAUCACCUUUUUGAAAAGGAGCAGUCACCGCCCCUCUAGUCCUGAGAUAUUUCAAGACGAACGAACCAACGGCGAAAGCUACGAUUCGGGAAAGCAAGAGGGAGAUGAGCUAGGAUCUGAGCUCAAGGACGCCAGCUGUCAUUUUGAAGAUCAGGAUCACAGCAUUGAACGCCCAGAACCAGGACCAAGACGAUCACACGCCGCCGGAGAAUUGAAACGGACUGAUUUUUUUUUUUGCCUGAUUUUUUUUUUAUCCCAACGACUUCGACUGCGGCAAGGAAAAAAUAAAACAUCAAAAAGGCAACAAAAUCAAUUUUUUUCUCUAAAAAAAAAAAAAAACCAUAAAAAACAUAAAACAACCCCCAAUUUAAUUUGAUCUCCAGUCACAACGAAUCGGCAUCGCUCAGCCGCACACACCCAAACCCGCCAUGGAAGACAUCCUACUCGCCCUCAGCAAUGGCACCUGGCACAAGGAUCCCGGGACGAUCUCGAUCCUAUUAUUGACAGUCCUGGCAUUCCUGGUGCCAAUGAUCUACGUGUACCCCCCGUUCCCCCCACGGGAGAGCGACGCCCUCGCAGAGACGCACUCCAAGGUCGGCCUUGAGCCGUCUGCGGCCAAGCCGGGUCUCAGGGCCGCUCAGGCCCUGCCGUCCGAUGUCCUGUCCGCUGGCCCGCCGCGCGUCCAGAGCCUCUGGAUCUACCCUGUCAAGUCGUGCGCCGGCAUAGAGCUCGACCGCAGCGUGGUCCUGCCCUCAGGCCUCGAGUUUGACAGGCUCUUCACCUUGGCUCAGCUCAAGAGCCCCUUCCCCGUCCGCUUGGACUCGGACGCGGACGAGAAGAGCCGCCACGGCUGGGAGUUCAUCACCCAGCGCCAGUUCCCCGCCCUCGCCAAUGUUCGCGUCGAGCUGUGGCGGCCGGACCGCGCCAAGUGCGAGCGCCGUGGCGAAAAGAUCCGCGAGUCGUACCUCAUUCUCCGCUUCCCCUGGAUGGAGGAGGGCUUCCGUGGCACUUUGGCUUGGGUUGCUGCUAAGACGCUCCGGGGCGUAGAUGCCCGUCCUGAGAAAGAGAUCAUGCUGCCUGUUGAAUUCCCAUCCGAGGCGGAUAUCAGGAACAAGGAUUACAAGUAUGAGAACGUCAAGAUCUGGAAGGAAACUGUCACGGCCCUCAACAUGUCGUCAGAACUGUCCGAUGAGCUCCAAAGGUAUCUGGGUGUCAGUAACAAGCUGGCCCUGUUCAGGAUAGAUCCCGAUAAGCUCCGUGAGGUUUACCGUGGUGCCCCAACCAGUGAGGUUGCGGGCUACCAGCCGGUGACGGGUUUUCAAGACGCUUUCCCCCUCCAUUUGCUAAAUCUGAGUAGCGUGCGAGAUCUCAACGAGAAGGUUUCCCAGGAUGAGAACUUGAAAACCUUGGAUGCAAGGAGGUUCCGAGCCAACAUCAUUCUCACGGGGCUACCGCCAUAUGAAGAGGAGAAGUGGAAGUCGAUCCAGCUCGUAUCGGACGGCAAGUCCUCGGAAGAGACGGCCGAAUUUGACGUAUCCUGCCGCACAGUCAGGUGCAAGAUGCCCAACGUAAACCCAGACAAUGGCAUCAAGCACGAGAAAGAGCCCGACCACGCCUUGAGGAAGUACAGGAAUGUAGACGAAGGCGCACCGCUGAACGGCUGCCUUGGCAUGCAGCUGACGCCCAUGUUCAAGAUGACAGGCAGCCGGGUGUUGGAGUUGGAAAGUACUGUAAAGAUCGGGAUGGAGGUGAAAGUCAAGGGCCUAGGAUCUCACAAGUACAUCAAGCAAUAGACUUGAUCUAGAAUAGACCUGGAUUGUACUAGACCAACCAGGCCUCAAACUCAGUAAGGACGGAUUCCAUAAACAAUCGAGUGACAUAUUAGACAGUUCAGUACGCGACCAAGAGCAAAUAAACAAAACGGAGCCCCUAGCCUUGCUAGUGACUCAACAAACAUAACGUGUCGUCCCGUCAUAUAUAGGUAUUCAUCCG